AUGUCAGGCUCCGAAGACGACACCAGCACAAGGAAGCGGAAAUUGAACGAUGGCCCCGAAAUAGAAAUCGACGUCGCCGCGCCUGAGCCGCCGUCCAAGAAAGCUCUGCGCAAAGCCAAAAAGAAGGGAAUCGAUCCUGAAAAUGCCGUUGAAAGGAAUGAGCCAGAACAGCCGUCGAAUAAACGAUCGCCUUACGGGGUUUGGAUUGGAAAUAUGCCAUUCACCACUACAAAAGAGGACGUCCGCAAGUUUUUUACAAGCAACUGCACCUUCACCGACUCUACGAUUACGCGGAUCCAUCUCCCCCAGGGACCCUCGAAGCAUGGAAUGGCCCAGAACAAGGGCUUUGCCUACGUCGAUUUUGCAAACCAAAAGGCCAUGGACGAGGCAAUUGGGCUGAGCGAACUCCUCAUCUUGGGCCGGCGAGUGUUGAUCAAAGGCUCGCAAAAUUUCCAAGGUCGACCAGACCAGCAAGCGGGUGCAUCCAAAGCAUCGGCCGCUUCAGCUCACCCUCCCUCCAAGCGCAUAUUCGUUGGAAAUCUCAGUUUCGAUGCCACCAAGGAAGCACUCGAGGAGCACUUUGCGCCGUGUGGGACGGUUGUCAGUAUCCAUCUGGCUACGUUUGAGGAUUCCGGAAAAUGCAAAGGGUAUGGAUGGGUUGAAUUUGAGACGGUGGAAGCUGCUCAGCACGCCGUCGACGGCUUUGUCAGAGUCGCAGAGGAUGAGGACGAAGACGAGGAAGUUGAGGACGACGGCGACAAGGCUGCAUCUGAUUCAGAUGAAGCCAAGCCCGCAAGGAAGAAGACAAAGCAGAAGAAAACAAAAACAAAAAAGAUUUGGGUCAAUCGAAUCCUCGGCCGCCAAUUGAGAAUGGAGUUUGCAGAGGAUGCAGCAACCCGGUACAAGAAGCGUUUUGGAAAGGAAAGCAAAGACCGAUCUGACGAUCAGACUGAGGAAGGGGGCGAGCAGAAUCGCAGACCUCAACGCCCAAAGAAGGUAGACAGUACGCCGUCACGGUAUUCCAAGGACACUGUGCACAGGCUUACUGGAGCCAUUGUCGAGGCCAAGGGCCAAAAAGUUACUUUUGAUUAG